CAAUCACACCAAAACCCUUCAUUUAGUUUCUUUCUAAAAAGAAACACCACGUAGCCUCUUGCUUUCUCUCUCUCUAUUACCUUUCUUCUUUAUUCUUUUGUUAUAGCUGCCUACCAUACAACUUCAAUGGCUAAUUUUUCUUUGAGUUUCAUUGUUGGGAUUAUUUUGAUGAGCCUAUUAACAAAAGGUGGGGUGGUAGAGGGAAGAGCAUUUUUUGUGUUUGGAGAUUCAUUGGUUGAUAUUGGAAACAACAACUUCUUGGCUACAAGUGCUCGUGCAGAUUCCCCUCCUUAUGGCAUUGAUUUUCCAACUCACCGUCCCACUGGCCGAUUCUCUAAUGGCCUUAAUAUUCCUGACAUUAUCAGUGAAAAACUUGGGAUGGAGCGUACAUUACCAUACUUGAGUCCAGAGCUUCAAGGGAAAAAGCUUCUUGUUGGUGCCAAUUUUGCUUCUGCUGGGGUUGGCAUACUUAAUGACACUGGAAUUCAAUUUGUAAAUAUUAUAAGGAUUGGGCAACAGCUGGAGUACUUUGCUGAAUACCAAAAAAGAGUGGCUGCUUUAGUAGGGAGUGAAAAGGCAAAGAAACUAGUGAAGGAGGCUCUAGUUCUAAUAACACUUGGUGGCAACGAUUUUGUCAACAACUAUUAUUUGAUCCCUAUUUCUCUGAGAUCUCGCCAAUAUGUCCUUCCUGAUUAUAUCGUCUUUAUCAUCUCUGAGUACAAAAAAGUUCUUAAGAAACUCCACAGGUUAGGAGCUCAUAGAAUUAUCGUGACGGGGACAGGGCCACUAGGUUGUGUGCCAGCGGAAUUAGCCCAAAGAAGCAGGGAUGGCAACUGUGAUGAUGAAUUGCAGCAAGCAGCAGUAAUGUUCAAUCCUGCGCUAGUUGAGAUGCUUAAUGGCCUCAACAGUGAGAUAGGCAGCCAUGUUUUCGUUGCAGCUAACACAAAUCAAAUGCACUUGGACUUCAUUACUAAUCCUCAAGCUUUUGGAUUUGUGACAUCAAAGAUAGCAUGCUGUGGACAAGGACCAUACAAUGGGAUAGGGCUGUGCACGCCCUUCUCCAAUUUGUGCCCAAACAGAGAUGAAUAUGCAUUUUGGGAUCCAUUUCACCCAACAGAGAGGGCUAACAGAAUCAUUGUUGAACAAAUCUUGACUGGAACAACUGAAUACAUGCACCCUAUGAACCUUAGCACCAUCUUGGUUAUGGAUUCCAAGGCUUAAUUAAUAAAUUCUACUACUCUCUUUUGUUUAGAUUUUCACUGGAAAUGUUACUUAUGUAGUGUAGCAGUUAUUGCACGUGUCUUUCCUUUUAGUUGUGUUCCUUCAUAAGUGUGUCAAAUGUAAGUGCUAUUGAGUUGAUUAAUCUUUGUAUUCCUGCAUCUUUUCUGCUAAUAGUAUGUAUUCCUUUUCGUUUUCUUAAAUUUGUGAUGGACGAGUUUAUGA